CGCGCAGGCAGAAAGCUUUGGCUGCGACCUGGCAAGCUCUAUCUCUUUGGAAGAACGGCACAGACGUAUGAACCCGGCCAGCUCGGCAUAUCCGACAAGACAGUCUCCAGGAAACAUCUCACUAUCAAAGUCGAGAGCGUACCCGAGGGUGGUGGUGUUAGUAUUCUGUGACGCAUCCCCUGUUUGCUCUGGGAGAUGUGGCUAAUUUUAGCAACCUUGCAGCUCAAUCUUCACACCCGUUCAGUAGUAGCGAUUCACGAUCUCGAUUCGAAGAAAGGGUCGCUUCUCAAUGGGGCCCAGAUACGCGGCGAGACAAGGUCGCUCUCGGAAGAUGUGAACGAGGUGAAGCUAGGCGCGUGUCCCAAGAUUAUUCGCAUCAUAUGGCACCCUGUUGUCCUUAGCUUCUCUUUUACCAGCAAGGAGCUGCGAGCCGACCCGUGGGCAAAACUGCGCGAGUCCCUUGAACAGCUGGACAUCAAAUAUUCGGCAGAAUACGAGAAACUGACGUCGCACGUCGUGACAAAAAAGCGCAACACCCCCAAAGGACUCCAGGCUCUAAUCAACGGCAAAUAUAUUGUAACCGACAGCUUCAUCAGUGCCAUUGUCAAUGCCGCAACUGUAGCCCAUGGAGCCGAAGAUGGCGCCCAAAGUGCUUUAGAGAAAGACUUUGAAGGCGCUUGGCCCAAAGCCAUCGACCAUCUACCGCCUCGCAGCGAGGAGCCUGUCGAUAGGCCACCCGAAUCCUACGCACCCGAUGCGCGGCGGCAGGAGGUUUUUGAUGGAUACAAAUUUGUGUUUUACGAAAAGAAGCAAUACGAGAACCUAUUUCCCGCUAUUACGUAUGGCAGAGGUAAAGCUCUACUAAAGGAGGUAAUCCCGAGGGAAACUGAAAUAGACGAUUUCGUCCGAUAUGUCAAAGGGGUGGCCGGGGAAAAGGGGCUAGGGUCGUUUGAAGACGGCAGUGAAGGUAAAGGCGUCGUGGUGGUGCGCUAUAUGCCAGCCAAGGGCGCCGAAUCCGAAUGGUUUGCCCAGUUUCUCACCUCGUUUGCCCUACGGCUUGAUCACCGUCCAAUCGACCAGCGCGAGUUUUUGGAGGCCAUUCUUGAUUGCGAUGCGUCCACACUGCGACGCCCUCUUGAGGAAGAGAGCCAGCCCAGAACACGCAAUAAGCUAAAUGCCGGCGAUACUGUAGGCCGUGCAGAAGCCAACAACCCUCCCUCUCAGCAUCAGGAAGAGCAACAACAGCAACAGCAAACCCCCCAGGAGGCACCUCAGGCAUCUGCACCCCCCACGCGGAGGGGUCGGGCUCGGAGGGGUGUAGCAACCCGCUUUAGAGGAUUUGAUUUUGGUGCCGACGGGGAGGAUGAUGCUCCCGUGGUGGAUUCGCCGGUCAUGGAGACCCCCGCCAUGGAGGCUUCGACUACGCAGCCCCCCGAAGCAGCUGCCGCCUUUCAAGACAGCCUGUUCGUUUCUCAGCAUGAAAACUUGAGCCACGCCCCGGAAGAGACGGAUGACGGAGAGGUGCGUACCACCCGACGGACCCGCAAACGCCGCCUCUCGCCACUCCCCGAGCAUGACUAUUCGGCGCUCAUGGACGACAUUGCGCCCACGGCUGCAGCCGCAAAGCGUCGGCGUAUCGAGGCCGGCCAAACACCUGUGCCCCUUCCGCCGGACCCCCAGCCGAACGAGGAGGACGUAGAGAUGGCCGCCGAAUCGCCACCAGAGGUGACGAGCAAGACAGAAACAGCAAAGGGCAAGAGCAAGAAGGCGAAGGAGGGCGAUGCCAUCCUAGAGCUCGCCCGCCAGCGCCGCGAAGAAGCCGAGGCUUUGGCGGCUGCCGAGCGCAAGACUCUUACCGACUUGCAAGACGAUGAGAUCGACUAUGCAGCCAUUCGUGCGCUGCACAUAAUCGAGGACUGCGACGUACACUUUCCUGGCGCGAACGCCGCUCCUGGCGGGACACGCGACCAGGAGAUCGCAGACGGCCGCUGGGACCCGCGGUGGAACGGCCGCAAAAACUUCAAGCGGUUCCGCAAACAGGGAGAGCAGGGGGGCCGCACGGCUCCACGCAUCAUCAUUGCGCUGGAAGAAGUCAGGCCGAAAGAGUACGGUAUUGGUGACGAUUACUGGCUCGAGAACAAUGAUAGCUCCAGUCGGCGCAAAAAGGACAGCCAGCGGGAGUCGCAGACCCAGCAGCCAAAGACCCAACCAACCCCUACCAUUGCUAGAGAGAAGGUUUCCGCAGCACGGCGGAGGGGGAUCGUUGCCGUGGAUAGCAGUGAUGAGGAUGAGGACGAAGACGAUAUCGAAGAUACCGAUGCCAUGGUGCAAGACACGUUUGUAGCCCAGCCCGAGCCCCCAAGGUCCCGAACCGCCAAGGCAGCGGAAAAAGCGAACUCGCUUCGCAGCCAGUCACAGUCUCAGGCACAAACCCAGACACGGAGCAGCCAGGCAGCAUCAUCGGCCCGAGCGAGUAAGCGCGCCGCGCCUGCCUCGCCAGCAAAAGAACGAGCUGCUAAGCGCACGCGGAGAGGGUUCGAAGCCAAAGAUAGCGACGAAAGCGACGACAGUGAGGACGAGCUCAAGUUCCGCUUCGGCAAGAGGAAAUAGAAGACGGUGUCUAAUGUGAUUUAUGUAUUGUGCAUCAAAGGGAUGCCGUAGAUGGACCGACAUGAUAGCUAUAGCCAAAUAACGAAGACAUGACCUUGCUCCUUCCUAUAAUACAUAUCGGGUAUCUUAUAUAGUAUAUAGAAAGCAUACCUAGUCUAUGUACGUACGUGUUGCAUGUGCCUUGGAUUAGCUGCGCAUCUUUCUAUCGUG